CACGGAUAGCCUGUCCGCCGUGAUUUCCCCGUAGCACCCCAUUCUUGAAGGUCUGCUUCCAACAAAAAAAGCGCCCUAGAUAUCUCGCAGGCUAGGUGUCAAUCUCUCCUUGAAUCCUAUACACCUCAUCAUGGCCUCCAAACACGUCGCUCGUCCCUUGCUGAGGUUUGCCGUACCUGCAUCCCAGACGCGGCAUUUCUCCAGACCUGCAGCUUCCCUUGUCAACGCCAUCCCCGCACACAGACGAACGGCCACACGGUCGACCAGACCAGUUUUUGUAGCUGGUCAAAGACGUUCAUUGUCCUCCAGCUUACAACGAAGAUAUGCCGACGUCGAAGAAGAGUUUGAUCCCAUAUCAGUUGAGCGAGAAUCAGAUGAAGUCGACGUCUGCAUCGUAGGCGCAGGUCCAGCUGGGCUGAGUGCCGCCAUCAGGUUAAAACAGCUUGCAAACGAGGCUGGCAAUGAGGAGUUUCGUGUGGUGGUCUUGGAGAAAGCAGGAGAAGUUGGAGCACACAUCGUCUCUGGAAAUGUCCUCGAACCACGAGCCAUCAACGAGUUAAUACCCGACUGGUUGUCAGAAGACAAUGAAAAUCGCUUCACUCAAGCCACACCUGCCGGGUCAGACAAGAUGCGAUUCUUGACAAAAUCGGCUGCCAUCCCGUUACCGACUCCUCCUCAAAUGCAUAACCACGGGAACUACAUCAUCAGUCUCAGUCAAUUCACAAAAUGGCUAGGGGAAAGAGCAGAAGAGAUUGGCGUUGAGAUCUACCCAGGAUUCGCUGCAGCCGAGGUGUUGUACAACCACGAAGGCGCGGUCAAGGGCAUCGCCACCAACGAUCAAGGUAUCGGUCGUGAUGGCAAAGCCAAGGCCAACUUUGAACGUGGUAUGGAGUUCCAUGCUAGAGUGACACUGCUUGCAGAGGGAUGCCAUGGCAGUUUGACCAAAAGAGUCAUUAAGAAGUAUGACCUCAGACGAGACUCGCAACCUCAAACGUACGGGCUCGGCAUCAAAGAAGUGUGGGAAAUUCAACCUGAGAAAUUUAAAAAAGGCGAGAUCUCACAUACCAUGGGCUACCCCCUGGACAAAUCGACGUAUGGAGGUGGCUGGAUGUAUCACUUCGGCGAAAAUCUAGUGAGCAUCGGACUUGUGGUUGGUCUCGACUACCCCAACCCAUGGGUAUCACCUUAUGGAGAGUUCAACCGAAUGAAGUUGCACCCAUUUUACAAGAAUGUCCUCGAAGGCGGCAAAUGCAUUGGCUAUGGCGCACGCGCUCUCAAUGAAGGAGGGUUCCAAUCAAUACCCAAAUGUGCUUUCCCCGGUGGAGCUCUUAUCGGAGACACGGCAGGGUUUCUCAAUGUCCCCAAGAUCAAGGGCACUCAUACCGCGAUGAAAUCUGCCAUGUUAGCAGCAGAAGCUGCUUAUGAUGCCCUCACCAGCAACCCCGACAGUAACACUAUUUUCCUGUACAAUUACGAAGAAUCUCUGCGCAACAGCUGGAUCUGGCCUGAACUGAAAGAAGUCCGCAAUAUUCGGCCAUCGUUCCACAAUCCAUUAGGCCUGUAUGGUGGAAUCCUGUGGUCGGGCCUUGAAGCGAUCCUUUUCAAAGGCAAACUGCCCUACACGCUCAGCCACAAAAGUACCGAUUCUGCAGCGACCAAACCGGCAGACAAGUUUAAGAAGAUUGAAUACCCGAAGCCAGAUGGUGAGAUCACAUUCGACAUCUUGACUUCAGUAUCACGGACUGGCACGAAUCACGAGGAAGACCAGCCUGUGCACUUGCAAGUCAAAGAUUGGGACGCCCAUGCGGCAAAGGAAUGGCCAGUAUACAAAGGUGUUGAGAACAGGUUUUGUCCCGCUGGUGUUUAUGAGUAUGUCGAGGACGAGACCAAGGAACUCGGGGUGAGAUUCCAGAUCAACUCCCAAAAUUGUAUCCACUGUAAAACAUGUGACAUCAAAGUUCCAGGUCAAGAUAUCAAUUGGCAAACCCCACAAGGCGGAGAAGGCCCAAGUUAUAGCAUUACCUGAUACCAGACAUGAGAAUGCAAGCAACGACACUGCUUUUGCUCAUUUUGAGUCUGUUCCUGGUAUUGAGGCCUGGAACCUCCACGACUCUGCCAGUAUAGCUCGGCAGUAGUGAUCUAGUAUAUGUUGAGAUCUGGGGGUCAGUAUCGAACCAAUGUCGUCAGCGUAACGCUUGGAUUGCGCAGAAGUGGCUAUACAUAGACCUAAUAACCAGGUCAAAAGCAACUUACUUGCUAGAAUUGUGUUCGUCAUCUAUCCAUCCAUCGAGCAAUCUCUACUGCGAUGACAAAAUCAAAUUACUAGCAGAGCCUGAUGUUUCACGGUACUUUGAUGAAGCUGCCUCAUGGCUUGCAAUUGCAGACGUUGCUACACAAUCAACUACACCAGCCCUAAAACAGACUCUGCAAGGCUGUCUAAUUCAAGUCAAGGAAAGUAGAACGACAGGUCGUCUGAGUGGCGUGAUUGGGCAGCACCGCCUCCUUUUGACUUUUCGGAUCCACAACUCACCGGUUUGAAGCCAGCGUGGCCUGACGAUGAUUGGCUCAGCGCAUGCGAGACAGGAGAGUGGGGAAGCAAUCGGCCAAUGCCAAGCCCUCAAUUGCGUGUCUCGGCAGCAUGUGCAAGUUGAUCCUGGCUGACCUGCCACUCCUACCAUCCUGCAUUUUGUUGUGAGUCAUAUUUUCUUCUGACUUGUGCAGAGCCAGCUCGUGUUGUGUGUCGCAAUUGACCACACAAACACAAACAUUGACUUGCUGCAUUGCAUUUGAUUCAUGACCUUGAUAUUGUCACAAACAAGGGUGUUACUGAGUUCUUCUUAAUGAGUCCGAUAGAUUGGGGUCAUACCAAUCAGACAUUCAUUGUGGUGGCAACUCAUGACCUCAGUCUUGUCAAUUUCGGCGCCAUGACGAUGAUGGUACUUAGUCAAUAAAAAUGACGACGGAUAAUAUUAUUGAAAAAAAUUCGCAAUGGAAAAACACGUGAGCGUUAUUGGCUAUUGUAACAUCGACGGUGGUAUCGCGGCUCGGCAAGAGCUCCAAGAUUUGGCUUUGCUUGG